AUGAGGAAACAAAGUAAUGGCGAUGUUAAUGUAGAGGGGAACGAAGCCGAGUUCGAAUGUCAGGAGUUGUCUUUCAUCAGGAGUUUCUCCAAGGGAUCAUGGUAAGCUUGAAAAUCGUUUUUAGGUAUAGACUUUAAAUCGUUAAGUAAGAAAGUUCUGGGAAAUGAUUUUUUCGCGUGGUAUUUGGUCAAAAAAUGUUUUUUGUUGAUGAAGGUAAUGUUGGACUGAUUUUUUUGGAUUUAGUUAUGUGUAAUAACAUUUUUUUAAAGUUUUUAAAAUCUUUAUUGUGAAAUUUAGGUUUUCGAAUAUGUACAUGUUACCAGUGACUGCCCGCUUCCUCACCGAUGUCAAUUUGAAAGUUAACUUUGGGGAGAUUCACGGUGUAAUCGGCGCUUCAGGAUCAGGAAAGUCAACAUUACUUCAGGUUAUAUCCCACCGAGUCGAUGGGAAAGUGACCGGAGGCAUCAAACUCAAUGGAGAAGCGUUGACAGGUCUGUAAAUCGUAUGAAAACAUAAUACUAUGCCACGUAAAACAUAUUACUUUGGAUGAAAAAAAAACUUUUUAUACAAAAGUUUUGAACUUUAAGCUUUUUGAGUAACAUAACUAGUAAUAAGACCAACUUUAAUGUUCUCUUUGUAACCAUUGUCAUCAUGUUACAUUACAGAAAGAAACUUCACAAAAUUAUGCAAAUUUAUCAACUUCAACAUGGAGCUAAUGCCAUAUUUGACACUAGGACAGUUGAUACGAUAUCACGCUCAGGUCUGUCUCAAUUGUACAGUAGACGUACUGAGUCAAAGGGUAUGUUAACUGCCUUUUGUUUACUAUAGUGAAUAAGUUUACAGAAUGAAAAACGCAUAAUAUUUUUUAAAAUGACAAUUUAGAUCUCAAUGUUGAUGCAAAAGUUUGAUCUAUUGUCGUAUGUUCACAAGAGAGUUGAUACUUUGAGUCAGAGUGCACGAUAUCGACUGAUAAUAGUACUCAAUCUUCUCAGCGACCCUCUACUGGUUCUGUUGGAUGAUCCCCUGAACAAGCUGGAUGCUUUGAGUAACUAUCAGCUGAUGGCAUCGUUAAGAGAAUAUGUUAAGGAGAACUCGAGGAUGGCCAUAGUUACGAUGAGGUACCCUCGGUCUGACAUUUACCAACUUAUGGAUGGCUUGACGUUACUGUUUUAUGGAGAAGUCGUUUACUCUGGUAUGGUUACUGUAGUUUGUAUUUUAAACUUAAAUUUUAUAUAUUAUAAUGUUAUAUCUAAUCGUGACAAAGAAAUGCACUUUUAAAUGGUUUGUUCUUUGUAUAUUAAUAAGUGAUUACCGUAUUUAGGAACAACCAAGUACAUGCCUCAUUACUUUAGCCAGAUUGGAUACAAAUGUCCGAUCACCGAGAAUCCAGCUGUUUAUUACUGUAAGUUUUUACUUAAUUUGAUAUGGAUUAUUGUAUGUGUAUUUAUAGUGUCUUUGGCUACUGUAGACCGUGAGAAUCCAGAAAGUUACGCCGAAACUCAAGAAAAGGCAAAUGAAUUGGUACAAACGUUCAAGGUAGAUAUUGGUUAGUACUAGAAAACUAUAAAAGAAGUUGUUGUAAAACUGUUACAAUAUAAAUAAUUAAUUUUUGUUUACAUUUUAUUGUAGUUAGCUGUUUAGAAACGUCAAAAAGAUGUUGACAUAUCUAUCUAUCGACCAAACGCUUUGAGUGAUAACCCAAUACUCUCAAACUAUUACUCUCAGCCAUCCUUCUUCAGACAUUGUUAUUUACUGUCACUGUAAGUUUUAAAACUUUGAUUAGCUUGAGGUAUAGAUGGUAAAAAUUACAGUAGUAAGCAUAAAAUUACCGUGUAUAUUAUAAUAUAACUCAAAUUAAAAUAUUGAUAUUUUCAGAAGAAAUGUCAAUUUUCUGUUGAGAUCAUGGUCAUUCAUGGUGGUACAAUCUCUGUACUUUAUGGUGUUUCUGUUUGUCGCUGUUUUUGGAGCUCAUUUUUAUACCAACACUAAACAUAUACCUUUGUCGACAGCUGGUACUAUCUUUACCUUGGUUUACUUUACUUCGUUGAUUACAAUAUUCAAAUCUGUUAUCAACUGUAAGUUUAAGUAAGAUUACUGCAGUUUGGGAAUUAAUAUUUGGAAAAAUGUAGGUGCAUGUUUUAGUAGCUAUAGGUAUUAUAGUUACUAUUAGAAAUCGCGUCGGUUUCUGUACCACAUGAAGGUCAAAUUAAACUUUUUUUUAGUCGAAUCGACCAGAUCAUUUAUAUUUUGGGAAGUAUCGAACUCACUUUACAAUGCAGCUCUGAUUCCUCUAGUAACAGUCGUAUCUACAUUACCAUUGGACUUGUUUGUUCUUACCGUAUCUUCUACUACCUUCUUAUGGAUAGUGAACCCAGCCUUUUACACUCAACAUCUACUGGCACUGAUUAUGGGUUUGUCAUGUGUUAUGUUCAGCUACAAGUUUACUGUAAUCACCAUGUUUUCUUUCAUCAAAGACAGUCAUGUUGUCAUCAUAACUUGUACUAUGUUGGCUGGUCUUUCUAGUACUCUUUCUUCUGGGUUUUUGAAGUACGUUUUUAAAUAGUUGUUUUAAGUACGAUUGAUAUCAAUUCAAAAACAAUCUAUUUAGAUAUGUUAUUAGAAGUGUAAACUUGAAAUACCGACAUUAAAUUAUAUUUCUUUCAGAUCAUACCAAGGCUUUAACUCGGUAAACGAAGGGUUACUUUAUGUGUCGAGUCUGUGUCCCGAGAGAUUCGUCAACUUGAUUUUGGACUUGGAGUUUGUGAAUGUGACAAAGUCAAUCACAUGUCAUCGCAGCGAACAGACCUCGUUCAUCAACGAAACCGACUUUUGUCGAUGGAAGAAUGGCAACGAGUACCUUCUGGAGACACUGGCCGAUCCCGUGGUGUCUCCAGAAGAAUGGCAAGGCCUUCUAAUAGUCAUGGUUACUGUACUUUUGUCUUUGGCGACGUAUUUUGUCAUUAAUCCUAAAAGGGCACUCUUGUUCUCAAUUGUGCCAAAGCCAAGGUACUGAAUAGUAUACAUUCUAUGUAUAAAAAUAUUGAACUUGAGUUUAAUUUUAAUAGUUUUUUAUGUUUGAAUGGUGACUAAAGGGUAACAUUAUAAAACUGUAAAUUUACGUUAAUAAAAUUGGCUUACAGGGUACAAUAAUAAGUAACCAGUAACUUCUGCAGACAGUUUUAAGAUGUUAUGCAUAAAACAUGGUUUCUGGUUGAAACCAUUAAAAAUUCGAAUCUUAAUUUAAAAUUGCUCGUUUAGUUGCUUAGUUUGUUGUUUUACAUUAAAAUUGAACCGGUGUUUAGCACAUUUCUUCUGAAGACAUAAAACAAUAUUCCAUUAUAAUAUUUGUUUUCUGUUUUCUUUCAAAAUCUUUUGAAAUGCUUUAUUUCAUUUUGAAAUUUCACUGAAACUGCUUUGAAAGUUUUUUAAUUUCAAAAUUUUGCACAAACGAAACUCCAAAGUAAGCGUUCUUACCGCCGGUAAAACCCCACUGUAAACGACACUAUUUUUAAUCAGAAGCCGGAAAUGAACACGCCUAAUCUGGGAGAUGGCCUUUUGGUAGUUCGGGCGGGGUAAUGUUGUCGUCCUGGUGAUUACGUUGUUAGGAGCGAGAUCGUAGGCGCCUGGAGGUCUUCUAUUCAGAAUCCGAACAAUUGAUAUUCGGGGUGUUGUUGGGGCGGUGUUUGUUAUCAGCCAAGUGCAAUGUGUACCUUAUUAGUCACUUAAGUAUUUGAUCGUCUUAAAAAUGUUUGAGGGGGGGGAUUUAUGACUUUUGUUAUGACCUUUACCAUAAGUUGGCGACUUUUAUUGAUACGGUGUUUGGCUGUACCGUGAUUUAAAUUAAAUAUUUUAUACUUAAUUUUGAAAUUUUGUUUGGGGGAGGUUAUCACCUGCCCUUCACUCACUUUCUCUCUCAAUUUUUGUUGCUUCAAAUUAAAAGUGUUUAAAAACUUUAUUUCCCGCUACUUCAAUAUAAGAAAAACAGGACGUAGAAGAUACGAUGACUAAAUGUAAUCUUUUCUACUUUUGUGCGAUUCCUAGAAGCAGAGAUACACUUUUAAAUAGUCUCUUACAGUUUGCACUUCCACUGCCAUUUUUAAUUGGAUUUAAUUGACAUUUGGGGGAAAUCUUUCAUGAAGCCAUACCUCUGAUUUCACGGUAAACCAUUACAUUUCCAUGACAACUCUACCGUAUCCGCAAACACUUACUUUCUCGAACAUACCACCCGUAUUAUAUAAACUCUACAUUAAUAUUAUGUAUCACCUCAUGUUUCAUGUGUUAUGAAUAAUGUUUGGUGGGACCGUUGUUUGUUUCCAUGACAUCGAUAACACCCUCUCUUUAUAUUGUCAAUGUUUCAGGAGUAUCGGCAUGGACGCGCCCAAGACCUUCGAAAUCAACCGGCUACCGACCGUUCUGGCGGUACUCUUUUUGGUAAGGUCAUACCAUUUCAUUUAUAGAGUUACUAGACUUAAUGAUGCAGUAUGUUAAUAUUGUCAUCAUCAACUUUGUCUUAAGAUGACAGGAGAGACUAACUUUGCAAGUAAAUUCAUAAUAUUUUAAACCUGCUUGUACUAUAAUCCUAUUUUAGCUAACAUAUCAUAUCUUACCUCAACACUUUCAGAUUCUAGCCGCCGUCCUGAACGAGUUGGUCUUGGCUUGGGUUCAUGAUCACGUUCCUCGCUCCAUCGACCCCCUACCCGACACCUUCUUUCGUAUCUUCCCGGAAGUGCCUGAGGUCAUGUUCAUCGCCGAGUAUAUCAUGUUGUUGUUGACAUUGUCGGGCAUCGCCAUCCUCAUCCUACAUCAACAUCGGUGGAUCGUCAUCAGACGGGUCAUGUUCUGUACGGGUUUAUGCUACACUUUUCGCGCGUUUUGUAUAUUUCUGUUUCAAGUGAGUUCACCUACUGUUUUAUUUUAAUUUUUUGAUUUUUAAAACGUUUAAACAUUAUAUUGGUCCAAAAAAUAUAGAAAAAUUAUUGGUGAAGACCAUUUUACUGAACUUCUACACAUUUUUGCUCAAAUUACAAUAAUAUGGUAAAGUAAAUUUGUUUAAUGAUAUUAUCCAUGACUAACUCUCCCCACUUAGGUUCCCGUCCCAUCGGUGAACACUUACUGUGCUCCCCAAGUCAAUACGAGUGCCAAUAUCAUAUUCGAACGUAUCAUGGGUAUCUUUUGGUCAGCUGGCAUCGAACAACUCCGCCCACGUACUUUGUGUGGUGAUCUUAUUGUAAGCGGGCAUACCAUCACAAUCUUCAUAUCGGCCAUGGUGGUAAAAACAUAUGCUCCGAGGAAAUUGGUCAUAGUUGGUAAGUGUUUUGGUAAGAAUAUUUUUAUUUUAAAUUCAUUUUUUCUAAUAACUGGGUUUCAAAUUUUUUUACAAUUUCAUAUGUUUUACCGGUUAUCUUAGUAGAGCGCCAUAUAUAUUGAGCGUUUUAAGGUGACAAACAUAUCUAUUAAACACUGCCAAUUUCAUUUUAUUUGUUUGAAGAAAAGCACAUAAACACUCAAAGAAUAACAGUUUGGGUGCUGACAAAGCAUAGAAAUUCAAAAUCUUUUGAAAUCUUUAAAUUUCAAAACACUUUCAGGAUUUGUGUAUCAAGCCUUGGCGUUUGUAGCUCUUAUUUGCAUUCUGUUGGCCAGAAAGCACUACUCAAUAGAUGUAGUAGCUGCCUACAUGAUCACAACUAGGACCUUUUGGGAGUACCAUUCUUUGGCAAUGUCCUACCAAGAUGGAAACAUGGAGCGGAACAUGUUGUCGCAAAGCUCUUGGUCACCUUUGAUAAAGUACCUGGAAGCAGACGCUCCUCCAGCACAUUUGUUCUUGAACGUGCUCGAAUGGCCGUCGUCCUGCCCUCAGAAAAUACGACGUAAAUUCGCUGUUUAG